AUGGAUUGGUUGUCUGAUAAUGUUUCAACGACUGGAGCAAUAAAGCCAUUACAGCCCAAUAUGGCUCGCCCAAUAACACCAUCCACAACGCCAAAUCAUUAUAAUCACCAGCACGACAACCUGUUAUCAUUGCAAAAUCGCAUGCAAAAUCAAAGCUCAGGACCCCUUACCACAGGCAACUCGCUAAACGCAAUCUCGAAAGCUAAUGCUGCUUUCGACAAUCUCGUGUCGUUUGGGAAUAGUGCAAACAAUGUCAAGCCUGCCGGUGGUGCAGCUCCGUUUGCCCAGCCUGCUCCUGUGAUAUCUAGUCAGAGUGCUCUAUUUGCUAAUGUCAGGCCAUCUGUGAGUUUGGAAGACCAGAGGAGGCUGCAGCAGCAGAGUACUCCUAGCAAACCUGUUGGAAAUACAGAUGCGUGGGCUGCAUUUCCUCCUGUAGCUCAGCAGUUUGGUCUAAAUAGUCGUAGUAAUAAUAACACAAACACACAGUCAUCAUACCAACCCAUAAAUUCAACGCCGACAAUGUCCAGCAAUUAUUCCUCGAUACCUGUAUUUUCAAGUAAUACGACCUCACCCAGUUUUGGGUUUCAGUCACCAUCGAUGACUGCAACACCGUUACAGCAACCCAUGUUUCCAGCUACGCCUAUAGUGCCUCAGCAACAGCAGCAGAAAAGGACACCAUCACCUAAUCCUAAAGAUGCUUUUGGAGAUUUGUUGGGUGCGUCGCCAUUAGCUGGAUUUGGAGCUAGAAAGCCGAAUGGUAUACCACAACAGCAGCAACAACCUUCGUAUUCACCCCUAUCGUCAAACUCGGGCAAUGCGUCCAAUAUAACGCCGACAACAGCAACAACAAGUACAUAUACUCCUAUAAAUAGUUCGAAGACUUCGCCUACGAAUCUGGGCUUGGCUCCUCCAAUAAAGUCAACUAGCCCGUCACCGCAACCCACUCCACCUUCUCAUGUGCCGAUAAUACCAAUGGCUUCAAUGAUGCAGCCGAGUAUAGUGCCCGGUAUGGCCGUCCCCCCGGCAGUAAUAAAUAGUAACGGAACAGAUACUACUCCUGGUGGCGGAACUUGGGAUUGGGAUUUUUUAGCUCAACCAAAACCUAUACCAUCAUCAUCUAUAUCAACUCCAGUGCCUCUUUCACCAAGUCAGACAGUCUUGCAGAACAAUGAUGAUGAUCCUUUCGAUGUAGAGUUUUUGGGUAAGGCUAGUAGUGUUGUGGGAGCAAAGAGUGAGAGACAGGAUAGUAAUCCGUUAGGUAUAUUGGCUCAACCGAGUCCUGUUAUACCAGAGACAUCAACCCCACCACCGCAGAGGCAUUCGAUUUCAAUAGAGCCUGCUUCACCCACUUCUCCAACAUCACCAAUGUCACAAACCAGCAGGUUUAUGGAUAAGGAUCAUGCGCUAGCUAUUGUUAUGGGCACUGGCUACGAACACGUGGAAGCUGAGAACGCACUACAGGCUUCAGGGGGUGAUCCCACCCUCGCAAUAGAAAUGCUGAUACAUCAAAAGAAGGUGCAAGAAAUGAUCGCUCAGUCUUCGAAAGAUGCUCAGCUUGCCAAGAAAGUAGCUGCUGCAGAGAAGAGAAACUCAAGGAGUAACAAGGGCAAGGAUGUAGAAUCAGAUAAGAAGGCUUCUGCGUCAAGGAAACAAGCAGAAGAUCAAGAUGAAGACAGUGAUAAUGAUGUGAUGGUACGACGUAAGCCCAUAUCAAAAGUCAGCAUGUACGAUCCAGAUGAUAUGCUGCGGAAUGUGUCGAACAAGAAUUUAAUACCUGAAGCUCCGACUCCGUCAUCGCCUCCUAUUAUCCAUGCCCCUGCAUCUCCACAAGUAGAGCAACCAACUCCUGAAAAGUCGCCUAAUAUGAGUGCACCAUCUAGCUUCAUGUCAUCCUUGUGGGGAAAGAAGAAGACUGUCCCACAAGCACCACAGCAUGCACCCGAUACUCCAACGACAAGUACUCCUGGUGAACCCGAGAAACCAAAGACAUCAGAUGCUGUCGAAAUGGAUGCUAUAGAAGCAACAGUAAGUCGAGGACUAGGAAUCAUGUCAUCGAUAUUUACAAGUCGUGCUGCGACUAUACUCCCUCGCGGUAAACAGCCUAGAAUAGAUGGAAGUAACGGCGAUGAUCCGGAUUAUGUCGAAUGGGGUGAUAUGGUGCCGUAUAAGGAUGAUUCGGAUGAGGAUGAGUGGGAGCAGCCUCCUCCUGAAGCAGGUCGUGCCCCUCCUCAACGAGAGGUGGCUGCUGCCAAGCCUGUUAAGAGUAGCAUAAAUGUUGCGCCCAAAGGGAUAGAAGGUCCUGCUAUAAAUGCAAAUGUCAGACCUUCAGCUGGGUCGUCGUCUCCGCCACGUUCUCAACCAGCAGUAGCUCAGGCCGUAUUUACAUCUCAACAGACAAUAGCGUCUUCAUCCUUGUUUGCAGCCCAAACUACAGUAGUCAUAGCAACGACCGGUCCUGUCGCCCCAGUUAUACCACCUCAGCCUGUUAAACCAUCUAAACCAGUAGUAACAGCCUCACCACAACAGAUAGCCACGUCAGACUCAUUCAGAGAAAAGGGCAAUGCCUUAUUCAAACAGGGUCAAUUUGGAGAUGCAGAGAUUGAAUACACCCAAGCAAUAACAGCCCUGCCAGCCGGCCAUCUCAACCUCAUAGCAGUCUUUAAUAAUCGUGCAGCAGCUCGUCUGAAAACAGGUCAAUUUAAAGAGGCAAUUGAAGAUGCUACAGCCGUCCUAGCUAUCGACGAUCGAGAUUGUAAAAGCUUGUUACGACGAGCUUCCGCUUACGAAGCCAUUGAACGAUGGGCUGAUGCACGAGAAGAUUAUAAAACGAUUAUGGGUAUUGAUACAAGUGUAAAGGGUGUGUCUGCUGGUUUGUCUCGGUGUCAAAAGGCUAUGGACAUGCAUCAACGUGGUGAUUCUGGUAGUGGUAGUGUAGUAGAACAACAGCAAUCGUCACCAUUGCAAAGAUCGUCGUCUCCUCAACAGCUCAAACCUCGAUCUCCGCCACCUCAGCAAUCAUCGUCUUCGGCAUUUGCAUUUGCUGAAUUCGAGGCUCCGUUGCAGAAGCCAUCUGCUUCUUCUGGGAAUAAUGAUUUUGGAAUGUUUAGUGGCGGUAGUGCCUCUUCGUCGGACAAACCUACGCAUCCGCACGUCGAAAGGGCUGUAAAGAUGGCUGUAGAUUCGUUACGACAAGCUAAUCAACAAGCUGAAGCUGAUGAUGCUAUGAAGCUGGCGCUCAAGGAUCAAAUUGACUUCAAGAUCAAUCAAUGGCGACAUGGCAAAGAAGCUAAUCUGCGAGCACUUUUGGCUUCCAUGGAGACUGUUUUGUGGAAGGACAGUAAGAACGCAUGGCAGGCUAUACAGAUGUCUGAAUUGAUUACACCACAGCAAGUCAAAGUCAAGUAUAUGAAGGCUGUAUCUCGGGUUCAUCCCGACAAGGCAAGCUUGGCUCGAGAUUCUCCUCUAGAACAACAGCUUUUUGCCAACGCGAUCUUUUCCACUCUGAAUAAGGCAUGGGAUUCGUUUCGCAGCCAAAAUGGGAUGUGA